AUCUUGGUCGGCGGCGCGGAUUGAAUGAGCCCGCCGAGCCGCCGCCGUCGGGAACCGCGCGGGCCCGGAGCCGCCGCCGCCGCCACCAGCACCAUGGCCACGCCGAUGUCCGGCCGCACGGGCGGGCCUGCCACGCCGCUGUCGCCCACGCGCCUGUCGAGGCUGCAGGAGAAGGAGGAGCUGCGCGAGCUCAAUGACCGUCUGGCGCACUAUAUCGACCGAGUCCGCGCGCUGGAGCUGGAGAAUGACCGGCUCCUGCUCAAGAUCUCCGAACGGGAGGAGGUGACCACGCGCGAGGUAAGUGGCAUCAAGACACUGUAUGAGUCGGAGCUGGCCGACGCUCGCAGAGUGCUGGACGAGACGGCCCGAGAGCGUGCCCGGCUGCAGAUCGAAAUAGGGAAACUGAAGUCUGAAGUGGAAGAGGCCAACAAAAGCUCCAAGAAGAGGGAUGGGGAGCUCACCGUGGCCCAGGGCCGUGUGAAGGACCUGGAGUCCCUAUUCCACCGGAGUGAGGCGGAGCUGGCUGCUGCCCUGAGUGAUAAGCGCAGCCUCGAGAGCGAUGUGGCUGAGCUUCGGGCCCAGCUGGCCAAGGCAGAGGAUGGUCAUGCAGUGGCCAAGAAACAGCUGGAAAAGGAGACGCUGAUGCGUGUGGACUUGGAGAACCGCUGUCAGAGCCUGCAGGAGGAGCUGGACUUCCGCAAGAGUGUCUUCGAGGAGGAGGUGCGGGAGACGCGCCGGCGACAUGAGCGGCACCUAGUGGAGGUGGACAGCAGCCGGCAGCAGGAGUAUGACUUCCGGAUGGCACAGGCACUGGAGGAGCUGCGAAGCCAGCAUGAUGAGCAAGUGCGGCUCUACAAGCUGGAGCUGGAGCAGUCCUACCAGGCCAAGCUGGACAAUGCCAAGCUGAUCUCCGACCAGAAUGACAAGGCCGCCAGUGCUGCCCGUGAGGAGCUGAAGGAGGCACGCAUGCGGGUUGAGUCCCUCAGCUACCAGCUCUCUGGCCUUCAGAAGCAGGCUAGUGCAGCUGAAGACCGGAUCCGGGAGCUGGAGGAGGCCCUGGCCGGGGAGCGUGACAGGUUCCGGAAGAUGCUGGACGCUAAGGACUUGGAGAUGACAGAAAUGCGGGAUGUGAUGCAGCAGCAGCUGGCAGAGUACCAGGAGCUGCUGGACGUCAAGCUGGCUCUGGACAUGGAAAUCAGCGCCUACCGCAAGCUGCUGGAGGGCGAGGAGGAGAGGCUGAAGCUGUCCCCCAGCCCAUCGUCAAGAGUCACCAUCUCCAGGGCCACCUCGAGCAGUGGCAGCAGUGUGUCCAUGACAGGGCGCUCAGGCCGCAGCAAGCGGAGGCGGCUGGAGGCGGAGCCGCCGGGCACAGGCUCCAGUGGCAUCAGCUUAGGCAGCAGCAGCAGCAGCAGCAGCAGCUUCCAGCUGGCCCAGCAGGCCUCAGCUUCGGGCAGCGUCAACAUUGAGGAAAUCGACCUGGAGGGCAAGUUUGUGCAGCUGAAGAACACCUCGGACAAGGACCAGUCUCUGGGGAACUGGAGGAUCAAGAGGCAGGUCCUCGAAGGGGAGGAGAUUGCCUACAAGUUCACACCCAAGUAUGUGCUGCGGGCUGGCCAGACCGUCACGGUGUGGGCAGCUGGUGCGGGGGUGGCCCAUAGUCCCCCCUCAACACUUGUGUGGAAGAGUCAGAACAGCUGGGGCACAGGCGAGAGCUUCCGGACUACCCUGGUCAACGCUGAUGGGGAGGAAGUGGCCAUCAGAACCGUGAAGCAGUCCUCGGUGGUGCGGGAGACUGAGAACGGGGAGGAGGGAGAAGAGGAGGGAGCUGAGUUUGGCGAGGAGGAUCUUUUUCAUCAGCAGGGGGACCCAAGGACCACCUCAAGAGGCUGCUGCGUGAUGUGAAUGGAACACCCCUCAUCAUACAUCUUUCUGUACCCAGAGCCACUGAAAACUAUUUUUCUAUCA